AUGGGGAGGCAGACUGUGGGCGAGGUCCUUACUGAACACUGUCGCCAAGUCAUGGUAUUCAGGGGGCACAUUGGUGAGGUCAGGAGAUGUCACCAGCCCUUGUCCGCCACCACCAUCAACCACAACAAUGCCAACAACAACACCAAACACAACAACAACACCAAACAUAACAUCACCAAUAACAACAACGCCAACAACAACACCAAACACAUCAACCACAGCAAUAAACAUAACAACACCGACAACAACACCAAACACAUCAAUAACAACGCCAACAACAACACCAAACACAUCAACCACAGCAAUAAACAUAACAACACCGACAACAACACCAAACACAUCAACAACACCAAACAUAACAACAACGCCAACAACACCAAACACAUCAACAACAACACCAAACAUAACAUCACCAAUAACAAAAACGCCAACAACAACACCAAACACAUCAACAACACCAAACAUAACAACAACGCCAACAACACCAAACACAUCAACAACAACACCAAACAUAACAUCACCAAUAACAACAACGCCAACAACAACACCAAACACAUCAACCACAGCAAUAAACAUAACAACACCAACAACAACACCAAACACAUCAACAACACCAAACAUAACAACAACGCCAACAACACCAAACACAUCAACAACAACACCAAACAUAACAUCACCAAUAACAACAACGCCAACAACAACACCAAACACAUCAACCACAGCAAUAAACAUAACAACACCAACAACAACACCAAACAUAACAACAACGCCAACAACACCAAACACAUCAACAACAACACCAAACAUAACAUCACCAAUAACAACAACGCCAACAACAACACCAAACACAUCAACCACAGCAAUAAACAUAACAACACCGACAACAACACCAAACACAUCAACAACACCAAACAUAACAACAACGCCAACAACACCAAACACAUCAACAACAACACCAAACAUAACAUCACCAAUAACAACAACGCCAACAACAACACCAAACACAUCAACCACAGCAAUAAACAUAACAACACCAACAACAACACCAAACACAUCAACAACACCAAACAUAACAACAACGCCAACAACACCAAACACAUCAACAACAACACCAAACAUAACAUCACCAAUAACAACAACGCCAACAACAACACCAAACACAUCAACCACACCAAUAAACAUAACAACAUCAACAACAACACCAAAAACAUCAACAACACCAAACAUAACAACAACGCCAACAACACCAAACACGACAACAUCAGCAAUAACAACAACGCCAGCAACAGCACCAAACACAUCAGCAACAACAACAACGGCGCCAACACCAACAGCGGCACCACCUCCACAAUCAGAAAGCCUGGAAGCACCAUUGCUGACUUUGAAAUCAAUGCUCCCAUAAUUCGAGAUCCAGAUGUUGAAGCACUUUCAAUCGCAAUAUUUAAUGACCUAAAGACCACAUUUCCUAUGCUGUUUGAAAACGAUCAGCAUAUUUUUUCACGAGAUGAUCGAUCAGAAACGCUAAUGAUCACAAACUUCUUUCCCUCUGACAAUGGACGUUAUGAAUGUCAGUUGUUUGAUGGGAAUUCGAGUUUUCUCCAGAACGCCAAUCAAUCAAUCAGGCUUCAGGAAACACCUACAAUUCAGAUUGAUCCCCUCCGAAGGAGUGUCGUUUGUCGGGAUGGGCAGCAAGUGUCUCUAGAAUGUACUGUCCAGGACUCUUACCAGGUUGAGUUUAAAGACAUCCCUAAUUCAGAUCCAGGCUCUCAAAUAAACCGAGACAUCACCCUCACACAGGAAGACUGUGAUAAUGAAGAACUAAUAGUUUCCUGUCAAGUGGUGGGCCUCUCUCAAUUCACACGGGAUGCAACAUUCGUGUUGGUCCAAGAUGUUGAAUUCACAUGCAUUAAUGACCAAGAAUUUGGAAAUGGAUCGUUAAAUGAGGAGGGAAUAGCUUCAUGUGAAGUAGAUGAGGUGGGAGUGAAGACUGCUAUUUGCAGAGAAAGUAGGGAAUGGGAAGAUCGAGGAGACAACUGCACCUUGCGGAGGCUCGUGGAACUACUUAUUCAGUCUGAGUUUUUGAAUAAUGAGACUUUGCCAGAGUUCUUGGAAAAUCUCAGCAACACCACUGAUGAGCUAAGUGAGAAUGUGACUGGAUCUCCUAACAACAUUGAGACCAUUGUUAGAAUACUCAACAAUGUGGCAGACUUAGUAACAAAUUCUUCUCUCGAGCUAAAUCAGGACCUAAUGGAGAAUAUCCUAAUCACCACUGAUGUCCUGACCAGAGAUGAGGCAAGGGUUUCAUGGGAUGUCCUUAAUCUCCGAGCUGCCAUUGAGAUUUUUGGAACAAGAACUUUCACACCCAGAAAUGAGAGUGUCAGCUCGUUAUUAUUGUUUUCCCUUGAGGGUUUAGCAAGUAGGCUUAUCAAUGCCUCUUUAACCAUUGAUACACCUUUGAUUCUCUUGAACAAAACAACAUUCAACGACAGUUUCAACGGAGAUUUUAAUUCUACGGUGGAGAUAGACAUAGAGGGAUCUAACGGAACAACAUUCCUCACUGUGAUAACCUUUGAAUCAAUGGACAAUGUACUUCCACCAAGAGAUGAGAACAACGCUUCAGGCAGGGUCAUCAAUGGGAGAGUCGCACUUGUUCAGUCUGAUAACCCGAUCAACAAUAUCUCGUUUACAUUUAACAUUGUAAACGACAGUCUUGGGAACCCUCAAUGUGUGUUUUGGAACUUCACCCUCUUUGAAGGUCUCGGAGGAUGGGAUGGUGAAGGCUGUGAGCUCGUUAGAAGAGAGGGUGAAUUGGUCACAUGUCAGUGUGACCAUCUGACCUCAUUUUCAAUUCUAAUGUCACCAACUAGUCCGAUCAGCCGUGUGUUGGAUUUCAUAACGUACAUCGGCGUUAGUAUUUCCAUGGCGUCCUUAGUGAUAUGCCUCAUUAUUGAAGGGGUUAUAUGGAAAACAGUUAGAAAGAGCACCACUUCGCACUUGCGGCACGUUUCCAUUGUUAACAUCGCAGUGUCUCUCUUGAUUGCAAACAUUUGGUUCAUUAUUGGGGCAAGUAUCUCUGAAGGAGAAAAAAGGAAUCCAGCUGCAUGCACUGCUGCUACCUUUUUCAUCCACUUCUUUUACUUGGCUCUCUUUUUCUGGAUGUUCGCAUCCGCCUUGUUGCUAUUCUACCGCUCAGUCGUUGUCUUUGGUGGAGGACUUUCUAAAAAGACUAUGUUAGCGAUCGGAUUCUGUCUUGGCUACGGGGCGCCUCUGCUUAUCUCAGUCAUUACUAUAGCUGUAACUGCCCCGAACAAUGCUUACAUUCGAGAAAAUACGAUCUGCUGGCUCAAUUGGGAAAGGUCAAGAGCGCUUCUGGCAUUUGUGAUCCCGGCCCUGGCAAUUGUGUUUAUAAACAUUAUAAUACUAAUUGUGGUAAUAGUUAAAAUACUGCAGAGCCGGGGGAUGUCAAGCACUGCACAACAAGAUGAGAAGUAUGUUCUGGUGGUCAUUAUUCGGAGCUUGGCUAUCCUCACACCCUUUUUUGGAAUCACUUGGAGUCUUGGAGUUGGAAUCUUAAUUGACCCAACUAAUCUGGGAAUCCACAUUACCUUCUCCCUCUUCAACUCUCUUCAGGGUUUCUUCAUAUUAGUUUUUGGAACACUGUUGGACAAAAAGGUUCGGUCAGAAAUUUCGCUUUCCAAAACAUCUCAAACUUCCAGAAGUGGGACCAGGAGCACGAGUGCUGGGAACUCAUCAUCGAGUGGAUGGAAGAUUUUUAGGAACAUUGGAAGAAGAGGUGGUAACAAUCUAUCAUCAUCUGCUGAUGUCUCAUCAUCAUCAUCAUCAUCAUCAUCUCAAGCGAUCAACACUUGA